AUGGCAUACUCAGGCGCCAUGUUGGGCGCCUUAUGUGCUGAGCCAGCUCAGCCAGGCGAAAUGGGAAGGGAAAGGAGACCCUCAGAGACCAUUGCUCUCAGCAGAAACAGGCUGCUGUACCGCCACCGGGACUCGUUGUUGCCCCUGAAAUGGAAAGUUGCACACACCUCCCGCUGGAAGGCGCAGGUGCUCGCCUCGGUGCUCAGCCUCAUCGCCUUGUCCCUGAUGCUGAUCAUGGCUUUCUCCAAAGCGUGGCUGUACCCCUCCACCAUCCGCUUCUUCCAGCGCUGGCCUGCGGCUGUCACAGAGCGCAUCUACACGUCUACCCACGUCAUGUCCCGGGGGCUCCUGCAGAUCUGCGUAUUCCAGACCUGCUUCUCCUCAGGGGAUGAGGAAGACAGUUUGGAGCUGUGGACAGAGCACCCGUUUUUUGGGGUGGCCAAGAUCACCUUCAGCCUGUCCCUGGUGCUGGGCUUCUUCUACGCCAUCUGGCUGUACCUGCCGUACAUCCCUGGUCUGCAGAGAGUGCCCUUCUUUGGCUUGAUCGGGUGCAUCAUAAGCGUCUGUGAAGUUGCCUUACUUUUCUCCGGCCUCCUGUUGUUUCCGAUUGAUGUCUGGCUCUACGAGGUGGAGAAGAAUUUUUCAAUCCACAUCGGGUGGAGCUAUUUUAUUGGUUGGGUGGUGUUUAUCUUAUAUCUCAUCUGUGCGUUCCUCUGCUACUUCAACAAUAAAAGAUUCUGGAGUCUGAUUCUGAGCAGUGCGUCUUCCACCCUGUCCUUCAGCAGCAGCAGGUCAGGUUCGCUGAGUACGGUGUCUCAAACCUCUACGUCAGCUUGGAAGAAGCCUGACAUCUGA